UACAAAUUCAAAUUUUAUUUAUUUUUGUCUUAAAUGGGCUGAAUCGAGAGUUCAAGUGUGAAAAAGAGGAGAAAACUCAAAUCAGAAGCGCAGAUCAAGAAGAUAGAGACUGCCCUUCUGGUAAAGAUAUUGAAAUUUGACCUCAAUAUGAAGAUGAACCCUCAUCUUACUAUUGAAGCAAGAUUUACAAGAGAGAACACUAAUGAUAUGGGAGAGUAUCUGAUGCCUCAAACGGCUCAUAUAAUUAUCAUGGAAUUCAAGAAGUUUAUGUAUCUCCAGACAACUGUUAUCCAGAAGCAGCUGAGAGAAGGCAAACUUGAUCUGACUAAGAACUUUAAGAAGAACAAUAUGUGGCAUUUUUCAAAUCAACUUACCGCUCCUCCUUACAUUGAUAGGGUCUGGAGACUGAUGAUCUUGUACAAUAAGAACUAUGAAGAGUUUUGUCAGAAGAUUUGCGGAGGGUUCAUUGAAAGAGAAGAUCCUAGAGAGAACUAUGACAUUAGUUAUGUAAAUUAUGUAGCUGCGUUAGCUAACCUAGGUCAGAGAAAAGAUAUUAUUAAGCCUUUUCAUAAUUUAUGGCCAAACUACAACAAUGUCAGUGAAUACAUGACUGAUUAUGAAUUUAAUUGAUAUAUCUCUGGACAGGGUAUCCCUCAGAUGGUUGCAUACAUGAAUAAUCACUGAGUCGAAGCUGCAAACACCACCAUUCAGAUCGAAACAUGUAAGAAGCUUGCAGACCAAUGCAGAAAGCAGUUCACUGUUGCAGGACAGCCUAUAGAUACAAAGGUGAACGUUGUCCAAGGAAAUUAUGUUAAGCAUAAAUUCUUCAAAGCAAGAGCUCAAAAUCCUCAGCAGAUACUUCAAAAAGCUCUGACACUUAUCUUCCCACCAAGAUUUAUGAACAAUCUUAUGGCUGAGCAGCUGAUCGAUAUAAAUACAGCUAACAAAUGGAUCUUAGAAUACCGCAAGUAUUUAGUGCUUGCAUAUCUCACUGAUAAUAUGAUUAGUCCUAGCGAGCAAGUUGACCAAGUUUGGCAUCUGCACAUGACUUAUACACAACACUACAGGGCCACCAUGGAAACACUGGUCGAGAGAGAAUUCAAGCAUGCUCCUUCAUCUGGAGGGAGUGCUGAAGGAAAGAAAUUUGAGAACAUCUACCAAGACACUCUCGAUUUUUAUAAGGAUAUAUUUUUAGUUGAUGCCCCUCAAGAUGUAUGGGAAACAGCUCAGCAAAGAUUUGAGAUGAAAAACUUUGAGUAUAGGAACAUUAACCUAUACCGUCUUGCAGUUUUGUAUUCAAUGAAGGUUGCAAAUCCCAAUUUCUUGCAAAGGUCAGCUCCACAAGUACCUACAGCUCCAAGCGCACAAGUCGUUCCAGCUAAUGUAAAGGGAUUACCUAGUAGCCAGAAAAAGAUGAUUUUAAGAAGGAAUAAGAGGAACAAGUAUAAAAAUGAGAACAGAAACUAUGGAUGGAGAAAUAAUUAUCAUGGGGAUACCUAUUAUGUGUACCACCAUCACUCAUUUUCUUCAUAUAGCGGAGAUAGCCAUCAUCACCAUCAUCAUCACUACGAUAACAGGCGUUGUCGUAACGAUGAUUAUGAUUACUACGGCCCUGACUACAUGGUCGGAGGAGGAUUGCUGAUCAUUGCCAACCCAUGUGACCACACAUACAUCAAUAAUCCUCACUUCGGUGACUGACUCCAUGACGGAUUCUACGACGACAUGGACCCAGGCUGCAUGGAUGACUACAACAUCGACGACAUCGCAGAUCUUGCAGAAGCUGAUGUGGAUAUUAUGGGUGAUCCUGAAAUCGCAGAAAUGGGAGAGGAACUCGGCAUUGAAAACAUAAAUGAAGAUCUUGACAUCAAUGAUGAUAUUGCAGACCUAGGAAACGAAGACAACUUUGACUUCAAUGAUGAUGCCUUCGCUAACGACGAUGGAUUCGGAGCUGAAGACCUCGGGGAUGCAGGUGAUGGAGAUGCUGGAGGAUGAGCUGGCGGCGACGGUGGAGGCUGUGCCGGCGGUGAUGGCGGAGGUGAUGGAGGCGGCUGAGCCGGAGGAGACGGCGGAGGCUGUGCUGGAGGAGAUGGCGGAGGCUGUGCUGGAGGAGAUGGCGGUGGCUGCGCCGGAGGAGACGGCGGCGGUGGUGGCUGCGGCGGAGGAGACGGCGGCGGCUGUGGUGGUGGCUGUGGCGGAGGCUGUGGCGGAGGCUGCGGUGGAGACUAA